AAUUUUAAGUUAAAAUUUAAGGGAAAAUUUGCGAAUCCAGGCGUGGAUUUACGUACUACUAAUUCGCCCCAACCUGUCAAGUUCUUUACUUUUCGCAUACUCUCCUCCUCUAAUGAAACCAUUUAGAACGACCAAUGCACUUCAAAGCCUUGCUUCUUUCAGACCCUCUCAAACUCCAAAGCCUCCCCUCUAUGUCGACACCCUUAUCGAUGCCCGUAUCGUCAAAACUGGCUUCAAUCUGGAAACAUGCCUUUCUAAUUUCCAGGUCCAGAAUUUUCUUGAAAGAGGUGAAUUCUCCGAAGCCCGUGAGAUGUUUGAUAAAAUGCCUCACAAAAACACCAUCUCAAUAAACAUGAUGAUUUCGGGUUAUGUGAAAUCCGGCAAUCUUUCUCAUGCUAGGGAGUUGUUUGAUGGCAUGAUUGAACGUACCGCAGUGACAUGGACUAUCUUAAUUGGCGGCUACUCACGGUGUAAUCAAUUUCGAGAAGCAUUUAAGCUUUUCGCCGGGAUGCAUAGGUGGGCGACGGAGCCAGAUUAUGUGACCUUUGCAACUUUAUUAUCUGGAUGCAGCGACACGGAGACCACGAAUGAGGUAGUUCAAGUUCAUUCCCAUAUCAUCAAACUGGGAUAUCAUUCGACUCUCAUGGUUUGCAAUUCCUUGAUUGAUGCUUACUGCAAAACAUCUCGCCUGGAUUUGGCUUUUCAACUCUUUAAGGAAAUGCCCGAAAGAGAUUCCGUCACUUUGAAUGCAUUGAUAACUGGGCUCUCAAGAGAUGGGCGUAACGAAGACGCGAUAAAGCUCUUUAUGGACAUGCAAAGUUUUGGCUUCAAGCCUUCGGAUUUUACCUUUGCAGCGGUUCUAUGUGCAGGUGUUGGGUUUGAUGACAUUGUAUUUGGUAUGCAAGUUCAUGCUUUUGUGGUGAAAACCAACUUUGUUUGGAAUGUGUUUGUGGGAAAUGCUUUGCUCGAUUUUUAUUCGAAGCAUGAUCGGGUGGGUGAUGCAAGGAAACUUUUUCACGAGAUGCCAGAACUGGACGGUGUUUCAUACAAUGUAAUUAUCACGGCUCACGCAUGGGAUGGGCAACUCAAAGAGUCUCUUGAUUUUUUCCGAGAAUUACAAUUUACCAGAUUUGAUCGGAGGCAAUUCCCUUUUGCAACUCUGUUGAGCAUAGCAGCCAAUACACUGAACUUGGGAAUGGGUCGACAAAUUCAUUCCCAGGCUGUUGUGUCAACAGCCGAUUCAGAACUUCUGGUUGGAAAUUCUUUGGUUGACAUGUACGCCAAAUGUGGCAGAUUUGAGGAAGCCGAGAAGAUAUUUGAAAAUUUGGCCCACAAAACCACGGUUCCAUGGACUGCCAUGAUCUCAGGUUAUGUUCAGAUGGGAUACCAUGAAGAAGGCCCGAAAAUGUUCAAUGAGAUGCGUAGAACCAAUGUAAUUGCUGACCAGGCCACUUUUGCAAGCGUCUUGAGUGCUUCCGCAAAUUUAGCUUCACUCUCGCUAGGGAAGCAGUUACACUCAACCAUAAUAAGAUCAGGAUUUAUGUCAAAUGUAUUUUGUGGAAGUGCACUCGUAGAUAUGUAUGCAAAAUGUGGGUCCCUGAAAGAUGCACUUCAAAGUUUUCAAGAAAUGCCUGAAAGGAACUCAGUGUCUUGGAACGCUUUGAUCUCAGCUUACGCACAGAAUGGAGAUGGUGAGGGCACUCUUAGGUCGUUUGAAGAGAUGAUACGGUCAGGUUUCCAACCAGAUUCAGUCAGCUUUCUCAGCAUCCUAUCUGCUUGCAGCCACUGUGGGCUCGUUGAUGAAGCAUUGGAAUACUUCAAUUCCAUGACUCAAGUUUAUAAACUUGCUCCCAAGGGACCACACUAUGCAUCAAUGGUUGAUGUGUUGUGUCGCAGUGGACGUUUCGAUGAAGCAGAGAAGUUGAUGGCACGAAUGCCAAUCGAGGCUGAUGAGAUUAUGUGGUCAUCGGUACUUAAUUCGUGUAGAAUUCAUAAAAACCAAGAAUUGGCUAAGAAAGCAGCAGACAAACUUUUUAACAUGGAAGAGCUAAGGGAUGCGGCUCCAUAUGUGAACAUGUCCAAUAUCUAUGCAGCAGCAGGACAGUGGGAGAGUGUUGGGAAGGUGAAGAAGGCGAUGAGGGAUCGAGGAGUUAAAAAGGUCCCUGCAUACAGCUGGGUUGAAAUCAAACAUAAGAUACAUGUAUUCUCAGCGAAUGACAAGUCCCACCCACAAAUGGGGGAGAUAAUGAGGAAGAUUGAUAUGCUGGGGAAGCAGAUGGAAAAGGAAGGAUAUGAACCCGAUACGAGGUGUGCCCUUCAUAAUGUGGAUGAGGAGCUCAAAGUAGAGUCCCUCAAGUAUCAUAGUGAACGCUUAGCAAUUGCAUUUGCUCUCAUCAGUACACCACAAGGGUCACGUAUACUGGUGAUGAAGAAUCUACGAGCUUGCACAGACUGCCAUGCUGCUAUCAAGAUUAUUUCGAAGAUUGUUGGGAGGGAGAUUACAGUCAGGGAUUCCAGCAGGUUCCAUCAUUUUAGAGAUGGCUUUUGCUCCUGUGGGGACUAUUGGUGACCUUCUAAUAAUACCCCCAAUUUCCCAAUCUCCCCCCAUUUCGUGCGGACACGGCCAAGAUUAUAAAUUAGAUUUUUUUUUUAAA